AAGCUGCUAGAUCCCAGGGCAAGCUGCGCUGAUUGGAUCGGCCUCGUUUAUCGAUGGCCUUCGAAGCAGGAAUGAUCAUGACUCUCAACUUGCUUUUCCUCGGCCAUCAUGUGGUGAAGUACCGUGGACACUUGCAGGCCAUAAUUGCGCCGGCAAGGAGCUUUGUCCAGGCAUUCGGCUUCCACUUCUCCAAGCGGAUGGAAGUUUCUCCCGAAGAUGGCCGAGAUGCAGAAGUGGCACAGGCCUUGUGGGAUGUGCGAGGUCGUGCAUACCGACAUGCGACUGAACUCUUCAUUCACCAGAGCGCCAUUGCCGUGACUGGUCUGAGUUACAACUUCUAUACCGAGCCGACCCUCUCGAGCCUGAGCCAGCUAUGCUUGAUGAUCUUCGUAUACAUGCAUCACUGUCUUUGUUUGGAGAGGGCAAUCUGGAAGGGAAGGAAUCUUCGGACCUUGUACAUCAUUUACUACACCGGCUUUGGUCUAACUGUGCUGGCAAGCUGCUGGCAGCAGGAGACUCAAGAGCGGGCAAUGAGCAAGCAGGUCUUCAACGUGAGUGCUCGCAUCCUGUUUUCGGUGAUCUUCAUCGACACCGCGACAGCUUGUCCGGCACAGGCGGCCAUCUCCUUGGCGGAGAUCGGCCAAUACGCCUCUGCGUCGCACGUGGCCUUCGGCGAUGUCGUGGUCUUCGCGUGGGUUCAAGUCUUGGUCGCCUUGGGGCUUGUUGCCCUCUCAGCCAUCCUGGAGUAUUGGGUCACGUGUCACGUGUCUGCUCAUCUCGACACCAAGUCCAUGUUAUCCAGCUUCCGGCGGAUGCUGCGGGGCGUGUGCGAUGGGGAGGUCUUGUUGGACGAUGAGAUGAAGAUCCAGGAAGACACCGGAUGCCUGAAACAUUUGUUGAUGCACGCUGGGAGCUUCAAAGGGAAGGAUUUUGAGGAGUUGCUGCUCCCGUCUGAAGUGCCUCAGUUUCGAGACUUCAUGAACCAGUCCAAGCGCGAUGCGCUGCAGCCGGAGGAGCAGAACGGGACGCCACCAUGCUUGCGCAUCUCAUUGAAGGGGGCUUCAACGUUCCGGGUUGGGGUGGAUCUUUGGCAUGUCCCGAUGUGCAGAAAAGAUGGCACUCUUCAUGUCCUAGCGCUGCGAGAAGACUCCGAUACACGCGCCCCUCGCGAAGAUCAUGAGCCGGACCGCGAGCCGCAGCCUCUCCCCCAGAUGAUUCCCCGCAUGAGUUCGGAGAAUGGACCCGAACGAUUGUGCGGUGCGGUUUUGGAGGUCUCGCCCCCCGCGGCCAAGUCGGACCAGAAGUCGGAAGAGGAAACCAUGUCGCAGAAGUCGUCGCUGUCGUUGCUUCAGAGUUUUCCAGAGCUCCAAGAUAUGACCCUUUGCGUGGACACCUCCAGCAAUUGGUUCGAUGUGGAACAGGCACACCUGAGCUUCAUGCGUCAACCGCAGUCCUCCCAUCUGUCGAUGCCCUCCUUGCGACGCCUUAUACGACCCAGUGAGUGGGAGACGGUGCGGAGCAAGUUGAAGGAGGUUGGUUGCGGUCAUCGAGACGGCUCAGAUCACACAGAUACGAUGGAGAUGCAUCUCUUGGAUGAUGCGAAGCAACCCUUGAUUGCCCAAGUCCAAGUCUCUGCAUAUCGCCCACCUCGAGGUGGGGAGUGCACAGCGAAGGUGUGCUUGAACUUUACAGAUUUGCUCUUUGAAGAUCGCUCCCCAAGAACGCGAGGCCAAGCUUCUCGCUCAUCAUGCCUGUCAGAUCUGUCAGCCAUCAAAGAGUGAGAUGAGAUGAGUGAGAUGGAAGCUGACCAGAUCUGGUCAGUGUGGACUGAUGUGUACAACCAUACCUUGUGGGUCACAUAGAAGUGAUGGGUUAUGGAUGGUUAUGGUGUUGUCUUCUGGAGAUGGUUCUUUGAGCGAGUAUGGGUAGCGCCUUUACCUCCAGCAUCCCACCCAAGUGAGACCCGGCAGGAUGUCAUUUCAAGGCAGUUGACUGUUCAUCGACCACCCCUGCGCGAAGUUAUCCAGGGGGUCGUGUGGGCAAUUGUUUAAUUUUGUUUUUCUCUGUGCACAACUGGAUGCACUUGAUUAGAAUUGCCAAGUUUUGGCUUCAGGAGUAGAUGGUGUUUCGUCACGUUUGUUUCAUCUACUCUGAACUCACUAGGGUGUGGGGUCACGUCACCUCUCAACGUUUUUCUAACAUGAAAAAGACUCGAAACCAGCCCCAGGUGGCCAGCCCUGUUGAUCCCAUGCGCAGUAAGUGGUGUUUUGGGGGAUCGGUCGAUGACGGACGUGGACCUUUUCAUCCACACCCGCGGGUUCAUCCCCAAGUGAUGCAGCCAUACCUGGCGGAUUUUGUAUAUCUCUGUGGAGUGCUGCUUGGUGCAUCUGAGCUGGCAAACACCUAGAGUGAGUCUCAAAUGAAACUGUGUCGAGUCCCAAAUGUGGGCAAAUUGGAUUGGAUAGAACCUGCGCACUGUUGG